UUAACUGUUAAACGGUAUUCUAUUUUUUUUUUGGGUCCCCAGGUCUUCAACAAACCCAACCAGUAUUCAUCCCAAAAAAAAUUAUGAAGAAUCUUCGCCAUGAUUUGGGUUGAUUCACUUCUCUUUCUCUAGUUUUCGAGAUCCAUUUCUGGUUUUUUUUUACAGAUUGUGGAUUGGUGGUGUAGAGGAGGAAGCUACAAGGCCAAGGGCCGGGGAGGAAGUAGUGGAAGAUUUCGAUGGAAACGGUAUCGUUUGAGCAUGAGAUUCCGGAGGAUGUAACUUUGGCCCAAUUGUCUAAAUCCCCCAGGCUAAAGCUCAAACAUUCUUCUUCUUCUACCAAUCCGGCCAAGAAGAAGAUUCUUAAGGAGAAAGAAGAAGAGCCUUGUAUUGCCAAGAAACGGAAUCCUGAUGUUCAAAUUAAGUUUGUUGUAUCUGGUCAUGCAAGGAAUUCCUUGAUCAGUCCUAAGCCAAGUAAGGUUGCAAUUCAUGCAUCACCCUUAUCUGGUGAAGCCAAGUCAUCUGCUGUGAUGCGAGGACAGGAGGUUCGAUCAAAUCUAGAGACUGAAUUCCCUAGUUUUGUGAAAUCACUGGUUAGAUCACAUGUUGCAAGCUGCUUCUGGAUGGGACUUCCUGGGCCAUUUUGCAAGUCACAUUUACCAGAUAAAGAUACUACAAUCACUUUGGAGGAUGAAGACGGAAAACGAUAUCAUGUUAAAUACAUUGCAUACAAGACAGGGUUGAGUGCUGGUUGGAGACAGUUUUCUGUUGCACACAAACUGCUUGAGGGGGAUGUUUUGGUCUUCCAAUUAGUUGAACCCACCAAAUUUAAGGUUUAUGUAAUACGGGCAAAUGAUUUGACUGAAGUGGAUGGAGCCCUUGGCCUCUUAAAUUUGGAUUGUCAGUCAAAACAGAGUGAUGCAGAUAAUUAUGCAGAAUUGGGUGCAAUAGAAUGUUACAAUACUAACAGGAAACGUCCAAAGUCUCUUCCUUUAUCUGUUGUCGAGAAGAAAAAGAAAAAGAAGGAUGUUUCCCCUAGAUCAGCUCCUCCUAAGCCUGCAGAUCAAUCUGAAAACGACAGUGACGAAGUUGCUUCUGAAGUUUUGGAAGGUUCCAAGUUAUUGGGGCCAGCAAUUCAAUUUAAGGACAUAAAAUCUUUCAAGAAUUUCAGUAUUCUUGUAGAUGGAUUGCUUGUAGAUUCAGAGAUUCCUGAAGAUAUAAGAAAAGCAUAUUAUAAACUCUGUUGCAGUAAAAAAGCUUUCCUUCAUGAGAAUAUUAUCAAGGGAAUGAAUCACAAAUUGAUUGUUGGGAUCAUCACCGAGACUGUAAAUGUUGCUUCUGCCAUAAAAGCUUGCAAGCUUACUACUUCACUCAGUGAUUUUGCAGCCUGGGACAAGUCUUUAAAAGCAUUCGAGCUUUUGGGCAUGAAUGUUGGAUUUCUACGUGCUCGGCUGUCUCAUCUUACUGGUCUUGCCAUCGACUCAGAAGUCUGCAUAGAUGCAAGGAAGUAUGCUCAAUCCAGAAAAGAGCGAGCUGAUGUUGAAACUGGAAUGAAAGACAUCGAGACAAAGAUUGUGGAAUUGAGAGAUGCAUGUGUUCGGUUUGAUGCAGCUAUUGACAAACUAGGCUCACAAGCAGAAACCUACGAGCGCAAGUUCCACAGAGAGGUUAAAGCAUCUUGGUGACAUUGUCAUCAACUUUAUGUACCAAAAUACAUACCAUAUUUCUAACUUUCCGCCAUGUUUCUUGUCUCACUUCACCUCUAAAAACAAGAAAGGCUGAUAUUGUGUUGUGCGAUCAAAUAGGGGAUUUUAGUUUUGCCACAUCCACCAGCAAAUAUGUUAAUACAUAAUGUUUGCAGAUUCCCUGAUC